AUGGGUCUUUUCAGUCAUCAUCACCAUAACGAAGAGGGUCCUCACCAAGGAGGCCCUGGUGGCCCUGGCGGUCCUCAGGGUGGUGGCCCCGGUGGCCCUCAUGGCGGCGGUCCAGGUGGUCCCGGCGGCCCUGGAGGUUUCGGAGGACCUCAGGGUGGUGGCCCCGGUGGUCCCGGAGGAUUUGGAGGACCUCAGGGUGGUGGCCCUCAUGGCGGUGGUCCAGGUGGUCCCGGCGGCCCUGGAGGUUUCGGAGGACCUCAGGGUGGUGGCCCUCAUGGCGGUGGUCCAGGUGGUCCCGGCGGUCCUCAGGGUGGUGGCCCCGGUGGUCCUGGAGGAUUUGGAGGAUCUCACGGUGGUGGUCCCGGUGGCCCUGGUGGCGGUCCCCAUGGUGGUGGUCCUGGUGGUCACGGCGGUCAAGGUGGACCUGGCGGUCAGACUAGUCUUGCUGGGAAAGAUUGGUUAGCUGCUUGA